AUGGCGCCUAAUAAUCAAUUUCAACAAAAGCAACAGAGACAAGAAACCAGUUCUACUACAAUCGCUCAAAACAGAUUGAAAAUUAUGGCCGUCAACGUCAACUCCAUUCAAGCCAAUAAACGCAGACUCGAGCAGAUCAACAGGAUUCAUCAGCAUAACCCAGAUGUGAUCCUUCUAUCUGAAACAAAACUAAAAAAAACACAUAAAAUUUCUCUCAAAAAUUACACAAUCAUACGAACUGACAGACCACCAGGAAAACAAGGCGAAAAUCCUGUCGAAAAUAUCACCAUAGUUAGUCUAUAUGCCACACCAGAUAAUAAAAAAGCAUUUCGAGACGAGUUGGACAGUCUUUUCACCAAACUUAAGCUAGAUAACAACAAUAAUUCGUUCAUAAUUGCAGGCGGCCUGAACACCAGAACAGACUGGGGAGACACUCUCACCAAUGAACGAGGAAAAUAUAUCAUCAAAUGGGAAAAGGAGGCGGCUCCCAGAUACCAGGCGAGAAUCUUCUCAACCGAUGGACCCUCGUACAAUCCCAACAACUCAUACUUGGACUGCUGCAUCUCCAACCUCAAUAUCUGUAACCUGGUGAAUGGAAAAAUCACAACUGAAGAAUAUGAUAGUGACCACAAAGCACUUCUUUUUACGAUCCAGUUAAACCACAAAAUUCAAUCUAAUCAAUUUACAAAAAAAUUUAAUUACAAAGCCACUAACUGGUCUAGAUUUACCAAAUUCUUAGACAAAAAUCAUCCCCCACCCCCUCCGGACGACAAAAACUUAACAAACAAUGAUUUAGACGAAUAUAUUUCAAUAUUUACAAAAACAAUACAGACAGCAAUAGACUCAACAGUACCCUGCUUUAAAAAACAAGACAGUGUACUGAAAUACUUAAAUACUCGAAUUAAAAAACUACAAAAAAAUAAAUCUAAACUCAUCACAGAUCUGCAUAGACUACAAAGACAACAGCCGCCUAAUUACCAACAAAAAAUCCAAAACAUUAAAGCUACAAUUAAAUUAGUCAGAGAUGAACUCAAAAAAGAGUUUGGUAAAUCUAUCACCAGCUAUUGGGGUUCACAGCUGAGACAAAUUAAUCAUCGUGAUUCAAAUGCAUUUAUCCCUAAAAUCAACAGGAUGCUCAGACAAAAAGGCAACAUAGAAAUAGAUAACCAAAUAAUUAAUCUAGACUCAGACCUCAUUUCACCGGAUUUAGUACAACUAGACAAAGCCACCAUAGACCUGGAUCGUAAAACAGCGACCUUCUCCAACGCAAUAGAUAAAUUAAAUAUAAUUGGUAAUCAUUACGAAAAAAUAAACUCACCCAGAUACUUAAACAACGAUACUCCACUAAGAAGAAUUAUUGACCAUGCAAAUGGCCGAGGCAAAAGAACUCAGCCUUGGGCCAAGACUGGACAACCAAACCUGGGCCAGCCCAAUGAUUACCCAAGCUUGGGCCAGAACUAG